AUGGAUAAAAAGAUAGUGCGCAAAGGGCCGCUGCCUGGGGGUCGCCGGGGCGCGUCUGGAGCUGGCGCUGGACGCGGCAGCAUGCGGGCCGCCAGCCGAGCGCGAGGAGCUGCACGGUCAUCUACCAGCCCUCCGCAUCCAUCAUCCCCACCAGAAGGCUUGGUGUCGGCUGGGUCUUCUCGGACUCAGCAAGCGGCACCCGCCGCUGGUGGAGCACGUCGCAUGCGUUGGUCACAAGAAAUGAAUGCAAACGCACUGCGGGCGUACUUUAGGGCAAAAGGGGAAGAAACUGGAUGUUUGGCGUAUCGGGCUAGGAUGCAUCGUCUUUUUGCUGAGCUGGAGCCAUCUUUAAUCGUCACAGAGCAAAACCUGGCAGACCGAGUUCGGUAUAUCUUGCGCUCAAAUAUAUUUGAUGUCGCCGAACUCGAACGGCUACGACGUGAGGCUGUUCCCUCGUCGGAUGAGAAUGCUACGGCUGAGGAUGCGGCGCCACAAAUGGUAGAGCAACCCGCAAACGUGGAUGCCGCCGUGAAUACCCCAGUUGUGGUUGAUUCAAACGAUGAUGGAACAGUCGCCCAGGAACUGGAAUUAGAGCAUAUGAGGAGUAUAUUGGAAGAGGCGAUUGUGGAAACGCGCAGUACUCCUCUCGAAAAUCGACCGCGACUUCCCCGCAUAGCCCUAAGCAAGCGGAAUCGGGCUGUCGUGAGGGCGCUGAACCCAAUGCUGGUUACCUAUUUGGAAGCCAGCCGGGACCUUUGCGAGACGGACUCAAUUCUUUUUAGCGCCGCGCUGGCAGUCUGCCGUAUCAUAGGCGCCAAGGUUUCCACGGCUGGACGCGCUACUGGCCAUAGUAGCGCUAUCCCAGCAUGGAGAAGAAGAAUUGAGGAACGUAUCGCAAAGGCUAGAGCUCUCAUCGGCAGACUGAUAUGCUUCAGAUCAGGCAACAACAGGCCAAGAAUUGUGCGCACCGUCAGGAUGGCGUUUGCUGGGACAAAUGUCAGUUUGUCCCAGCCGGAUAUAACGCAAAAACUGACGGAGCGCAUAGAUGAUCUGAAGCAGAGAAUCGCUGCUUGGGGAAAGCGGAUUCGGCGAUAUACCGAGAGGUCGACACGGUUCAACCAGAAUCGUCUCUUCCAGAGUGAUCAGAAGAGGCUCUAUGAAUCAUUGGAGCGACCAAUGGUAAGUGGAACGGGUCCAGCACCGAAUCAGGCCGACACUGUAGCAUUCUGGCGCGGCCUGUGGUCAGAGCCCGUAAACCACAGCGAGGGCCCUUGGACGGAAGUUGUGGCGAGUCAGUGUGCGGGUAUUACGCCCAUGGACCCCGUCAUCAUAACGCCGGAUGACGUAGCUGAGGCGGUUCGUAGGGCCCCGAACUGGAAAAGUCCGGGGCUUGACGGGCUGCAUCACUACUGGCUGAAGCGGUUCAUGGUGUGUCACUCUGUGCUCGCCCGACAGUUUCAAGAGGCUCUCAACCAGAAGUCGCUCCCAAGCCUCUUCACUACUGGGAUCACUCAUUUAGUUCCUAAAGACCAGGGGCCGCUGCCUGGAGGUCGCCAGGGCGCGUCUGGAGCUGGCGCUGGACGCGACAGCAUGCGGGCCGCCAGCCGAGCGCGGGGUGUUGCAAGACCACCUAGCAGCCCCCCGCAUCCAUCAUCCCCACCAGAAGGCUUGGUGUCGGCUGGGUCUUCUCGGACUCAGCAAGCGGCACCCGCCGCUGGUGGAGCACGUCGCAUGCGUUGGUCUAAAUCAAUGAAUGAAAACGCACUGCGGGCGUAUUUUAGGGCAAAAGGGGAAGAAACUGGAUGUUUGGCGUAUCGGGCUCGGAUGCAUCGCUUUUUUGCAGAGCUGGAGCCAUCUCUAUCCGUCACUGAGCAAAACCUGGCAGACCGAGUUAGGUACAUCCUGCGCUCCAACAUAUUUGGUGACGCCGAACUCGAGCGACUACGACGUGAGGCUAUUCCUUCAUCGAAUGGAAAUGCUACGGCUGGGAAUGCGGCGCCACUAGAUGCGCAACAAACUGCAUAUGUGGAUGCUGCCGUCAACAUUCCAUUUGUGGCUAAUUCAGACGAUGAUGGAAUAGUCUCCCACGAACUAGAGAAAAUGAGGAGCAUAUUGGAAGAGUCGAUGCUGGAAACGCGCAGCAUGCCUCUCGAAAAUCGACCGCGACUUCCCCGCAUACCCCUUAGCAAGCGAAAUCGGGCUGUCGUGCGGGCUCUUAACCCAAUGCUGCCGGAUAUCACGCAAAAACUAACGGAGCGCAUAGAUGACCUGAAGCAAAAAAUCGCUGCUUGGGGGAAGCGGAUUCGACGAUUUAGCGAGAGGUCAAGGCGGUUCAACCAGAAUCGUCUCUUCCAGAGUGAUCAGAAGAGGCUCUAUAAAACAUUGGAGCGACCAAAGGUAUGUGGAGCGGGCCCAGGACCGGAUCAGGCUGACACUGUCGCAUUUUGGCGUGGCCUGUGGUCAGAGCCCGUAAACCAUAGCGAGGGCCCUUGGAUGGAAGUUGUGGCGAGCCAGAGUGCAAGUGUUACGCCUAUGGACCCCGUCACCAUAACGCCUGAAGACGUGGCUGAGGCGGUCCGUAGGGCCCCGAACUGGAAAAGUCCGGGGCUCGACGGGCUGCAUCAUUACUGGCUGAAGGGGUUCGUAGUGUGUCACGCUGUGCUCGCCCGACAGUUUCAAGAGGCUCUCGAUCAGAAGUCGCUCCCGAGCCUCUUCACUACUGGGAUCACUCAUUUGGUUCCUAAAGAUCAGGAUACCACAGACCCGAGCAAAUACCGCCCCAUCACGUUAGAAGUUUGCGCCUCUCACGGUGUGGCCGCCAUUUUACAAAUUCAGUUUUGUCAGCUGACGAGACCGGUUCCACACGAGCGCAGCUUUACUAUCUACACUGCACAAAUUCCAAGUAACAGACAAAUGAUGGACGUGAUUGUGAUAGGAUGUGGUGCAUCGGGAAUAGCGGCUCUACGAAAGCUCCAUGACGCUGGAUUGAAGGUGCUAGGCCUAGAAGCUGACGACAGGAUCGGCGGAAGAAUUAUGACUGUUGAGUAUGGCGAAUGCGCGUUGGAUUUAGGCGCCGCUUGGUGUCAUGGUGAAAAAGAUAACGUUGUGUUUGAGCUCGCUAGUCCCUUAGGUCUGCUUGGAAAACCUAGCCCAGACAACAAGUGGUUCGUUCUCUCGAACGGUGAACUGUUGAAGGAGGAUAAAUGUGGUUCUCUCCUCAAUGCACUGAAUGAAGAAGUUGAAAAAGCUGACAAGAAUAACACCAAAUCUAUCUCCGAAUGUGUAAGAAACGCAGUAAAGUCUAACACAAUAUUAAAGAAAGAUCCUCAAUUGGCGAAGUACUUUGUGGAAUGGUUCGAGAGGAACUGCCACGUCGGAGGGAAAAAUGACCCCCGGAAGGAAAAAUCUCUGAGAGGUCUUGACGAGUGCUGGGGCUGCGAGGGCGAGUUUAUGCUCAACUGGAAGGGAAAAGGAUAUAAGACUAUUUUGGACGUUUUAUUGAAUAAAUAUCCAGAUCCCGCUAAAGCAAUACCCGUGCAGAUAUUGUUGAAAAAGGAAGUGGAAAGCAUAAAAUGGCGGACCAGCCAACCCGGGCUCGAACCAGAGAACCCGCUGGUACAUGUGAAAUGCAAGGAUGGAAGCCUAUAUGCAGCCAAAAGCGUCAUCGUUACGGUGUCUCUCGGAGUUUUGAAGGAGAGACACAGCCAACUCUUCAACCCGCCGUUGUCGGCAGAAAAAACCAACGCAAUCAACACCCUUCAGCUCUGUGUCCUCGACAAAAUCUACAUCGAAUUCACCAAGCCCUGGUGGCCUAAAACACCAGCUAACUUCACCCUGCUUUGGCGGGAUGAAGACAAAGCUAAGUUCUCUGAAGAUGAAAAAUGGGUCACGGAAAUUUUCACCCUGUUUACUGUGGAGCACCAGCAGAAUUUGUUGCUCGCCUGGAUCUAUGGAAAAGCGGCCGAGAAAAUGGAGAAAGCCAGCUUAGAACAAGUCAAGGCUGGAUUGAAUAAACUAUUGUGUAUAUUCAAGAAGCAAUUCGACGUUACUCCGAUCAAAGCGGUUGUGAGAUCGCAGUGGGCGUCUAAUCCAUUGGCAAGGGGCUCUUACUCGUAUCGUAGUGUAGCCACAGAGCAAGAUGGCGGCAGCGCGGCUAUACUAAGCGAGCCGCUGUAUCAUGGCGACAACUUUCCGGUUGUUUGUUUCGCGGGCGAGGCAACCUCGCACCAUAGACAUUCAGCCGCACACGGAGCGGUGGAGGCUGGUUUUAGAGAAGCCGAACGAUUAAUUAGUGUUCUGAAAAAGAACUAA